AUGGCUGCUACAGUCGACGCCGAUAUGGAUGCUACUGGCAGGAACGCGCCCUUCCGCUUCAUGGACUUACCUGGAGAGCUCAGGAACAAAGUGUACACUUUGCUGCUUUGUUCAUUUGGACCCACCCCAGCUCCCAUCCGGGAGAUUCCCGAGGACCUGUUCAGCAAGGAAAGCUUCGAGUUCAAACUUCUCUUCGCUCAGCAGUGGAAUGACCCUGCUAUUCUUCGUGUAAACAGCCAGGUUCAUCGUGAAGCCUACGACGUCAUGGUCAAGACCAGCAAAUUCGUACGGAUCAGUUCCCAGGAUGGCCUCACUCUCCACAACAUUAUCGCUAGCCAAAAUGUUCCGGUCGUCACGAGUGGACGACGCGCAGGGCAGUUCAACGAACAACUUGUCGAUGUCACUGUCCCUUCCGCAGAUUCCGAGCUCAGCUGGCACGCAGGCGCCGCCCAAUCAGCAAGCGUAGUCAUCCUAAGGCGUCAACUGCUAAGCUUCUGCGACAGCUUUGAGAUGGCAAGAACUGUUAUACUAGGGCUCGCCAAGGCAGCGACUUUCGUCAUAACCGUAGCUCUGAUGCUCGCUCAGAAAGGCCCAUGGUACCAGGAUGACCUGACAGACUUCUUCUCCAAGGCUACCCAGAAGGACUUGCUCGGGCCACUGACUAGCAUGCGAGACUUCAAAACCGUCGAAGUGCAUGGUUUUGUCGCACCAGAUGUCGUAGCAGACCUGAAAGAGGCGAUGAUGUCAGCAAAAUGGAUUGAUCCACAUAGCAUCAUCGAACUCAUGAAGGCAAGCAAAGACCGCGGUGCGCAACUCUACCGCGAGGGUCGACUGAUGGAGGCGUUCUCCGCUUGGGUAAGCAGCAUGCAGGAGAUCGAUUGUAUGCGCGAGGGCAGCUCCUGGGAUAAGCUCGUCAAGAUCGGCGGCGAGCCUUGGAUCGACCAGAUGGCUGAGCUGCAGUGCUCACUUGGACUCAAUUCAGCACUGGUCAACAUUAUGUUGUGGGGCCCCGACUCGAAGAACGUGUCCAUACCGCUGGUUGUUCGGCAAUCGCACAGGGACAUCACCCUAACCGGCCUUAGAGCAUCUAUUUAGUGUACUCAGCCAAAAUACUGGAAAGAGGGAUAUACAUGGGUAUGUCCUACUAUGCUCGGGGCAAAGAUCAUGUACUGCCAAGCUGUGAGUAUUCGGAUUUGGGGUGGGAGAUGGGAAGCUGUCAACGCCCUGGAUCUUAUCCGUGGAGCUAUGUCACUUGUACCGAAUGACCCCGUCGUCCGCAAGGAGGCGGAGGCCAUCGUGAUGUGGGCACGUGGUAUGUAGGAGAGCUGUGACCAUCUCCGGGUGCGUGCGACGGCAUACAACACCCUGAUUUUAGAUACUUGGAAGACACGCAUGGAAAC